AUGAAAGGUGAGAAACCAUUUUCAUGCUCUGAGUGUGGGAAAAGUUUUGCACGCAAAUCACAGCUUGUUAUACAUCAGAGAAGUCACACAGGUGAGAACCCAUUUCCAUGCUCUGAGUGUGGGAAAAGUUUUCCACUCAAAUCACAGCUUGUUAUACAUCAGAGAAGUCACACAGGUGAGAAACCAUUUCCAUGCUCUGAUUGUGGGAAAAGUUUUAUACUCAAAUCACUGCUUGUUAUACAUCAGAGAAGUCACACAGGUGAGAAACCAUUUUCAUGCUCUGAGUGUGGGAAAAGUUUUGCACGCAAAUCACAGCUUGUUAUACAUCAGAGAAGUCACACAGGUGAGAAACCAUUUCCAUGCUCUGAGUGUGCGAAAAGUUUUGCACGCAAAUCACAUCUUGUUAGACAUCGGAUAAGUCACGCAGGUGAGAAAGCAUUUCCAUACUCUCAGUGUGGGAAAAGUUUUCCACUCAAAUCACAGCUUGCUAGACAUCAGAUAAGUCACACAGGUAAAAAACCAUUUCCAUGCUCUGAGUGUGAAAAAAGUUUUUCAUUCAAAUCACGGCUUGUUACACAUCUGAGAAGUCACACAGGUGAGAAACCAUUUCCUUGCUCUGAGUGUGGGAUAAGUUAUGCACGCAAAUCACAGCUUGUUAUACAUCAGAAGUCACACAGGUGA